CUUUCUCCAUUGAGGACUGGGGGCGUGGGUGGGCGGAGCCGGAAGUAGAGCCAGACGCGAGGCCUCCGUCCACCAGGGGCGGGGAGAAGGGGAGGGAACUAGAAGAGGAGGAGGUUAGCCGAGGCUGCUACGGCGGCGGCGGCGGCGGCGCAGGGGCUGGUACGCGCUGGGCGGCGAGAGCCUCAUGGCGGAGGAAGAGAGCGAUCAAGAGGCCGAACGCCUCGGAGAAGAGCUCGUGGCCAUUGUGGAGUCCCCGCCGGGCCCUGCGGGGCUGAGAGUUGCGGGCGACGGCAACGACGGCACCGGCGACAGCAGCUGCGGCGGCGGCGUCGUCGGGAUCAGCAGCCGGGAUUACUGCCGCCGCUUCUGUCAGGUGGUUGAAGAUUAUGCUGGAAGAUGGCAAGUCCCUUUGCCCCAACUUCAAGUUCUUCAGACUGCACUUUCCUGUUUUACAUCCGCUAGUGCAUCAUUCCCAGAUGAAUGUGAGCACGUACAAUAUGUUUUGAGUAGCCUUGCCUUGAGUUUCUUUGAGUUGCUGCUUUUCUUUGGAAGAGAUGAGUUUUAUGAAGAGCCUUUAAAGGAUAUUCUUGGAUCAUUCCAGGAAUGCCAGAAUCACCUCCGCAGAUAUGGAAAUGUGAAUCUGGAACUGGUGACUCGAAUCAUUAGAGAUGGUGGCCCAUGGGAAGAUCCAGUGUUGCAAGCUGUCCUUAAAGCCCAGCCAGCAUCUCAAGAGAUAGUGAACAAAUACUUAAGUUCGGAAAAUCCACUAUUCUUUGAACUACGUGCCAGAUACCUAAUUGCUUGUGAACGCAUUCCAGAAGCAAUGGCUCUUAUUAAAUCUUGUAUAAAUCAUCCAGAAAUCAGCAAAGAUUUAUAUUUCCAUCAAGCACUCUUCACAUGCCUAUUUAUGUCACCUGUAGAAGAACAGCUAUUUCGGGAGCAUUUAUUGAAAACUGAUUGUAAGAGUGGAAUUGAUAUCAUCUGUAACACUGAAAAAGAAGGAAAGACUAUGUUAGCCUUGCAACUCUGCGAAUCUUUUCUUAUUUCACAGCUCCAGAAUGGGGAUAUGUAUUGUAUCUGGGAAUUGAUUUUCAUAUGGAGUAAACUUCAGCUUAAGUCUAAUCCUUCAAAACAAGUUUUUGUAGAUCAAUGCUACCAGCUUUUAAGAACAGCAACUAAUGUGAAAGUCAUAUUUCCUUUCAUGAAAAUCAUUAAAGAUGAGGUUGAAGAAGAAGGCUUACAAAUUUGUGUUGAAAUAUGUGGUUGUGCUCUACAACUAGACCUUCAUGAUGAUCCCAAAACUAAGUGUCUAAUUUAUAAAACAAUAGCACAUUUCUUGCCAAAUGAUUUGGAAAUCCUCAGGAUUUGUGCACUCUCAAUAUUUUUUCUUGAGCGCUCCUUGGAAGCUUAUCGUACUGUUGAAGAGCUUUACAAAUGUCCAGAUGAAGAAUAUAAUGAAGGCACCAGUAGUGUUCAAAAUCGUGUUCGUUUUGAAUUACUUCCUAUUUUGAAAAAGGGAUUGUUUUUUGAUCCUGAAUUCUGGAACUUUGUAAUGAUUAAGAAAAACUGUGUAGCAUUACUGAGUGAUAAAUCAGCAAUCAAAUUCAUAAAUGAAAAUACACUGGAAAAUUCUAUAGAUAAUCUAAAAAAGACAGUGGAACAGAAAGGUUUAGAUGAAGGUGUUGAUUCUUUUACAGAUCAGAGCACUGGAGAGCUUGAUCCUGAUGAUAUAUCUGGAGUACAACCUAAAGGCCAUGUUAACACAAAAAACCUUACUGCUUUUAACGCUUCUAAAGUAGACCACAGCGUCCCAAGGCAUCGGUGUAUGUUAUGUAAUAAGGAAUUUCUAGGCGGUCACAUUGUAAGGCAUGCCCAGGCUCAUCAGAAAAAGGGCAGUUUUUCCUGUGUAAUAUGUGGUAGGAAAUUUAGAAACAGAGGACUUAUGCAGAAGCAUUUAAAAAAUCAUGUUAAAAAAAUACAAAGACAUCAAAUUGCUGUAGCUCAACAGGGGGAUCAGGAAAGUCCUGCUUUGGAAGAAAUAAACUUUUCCAAUUCUUCAAUUUCAUUUGAAAAUGGGGAUUUUUAUAAUAAAGAUUUGGAAAUACCAACUAUUAAUACUUCCAAUGAUGGAAAUGAAGAAGUCAUCCCUCAGCACGUGGCUGAAUUCACUGAAAUUCCCCUAAGUGUAUCAGAAGAUGUCAUUGAAAAUAUUGAAAAUGGCAGUCCUGACACUUAUAUAAAUAAUGUAUUGGAACCUUUACCUGUAUGUGAGGAUGACUACGAGGAAGAAGAGGAAGAAGAGGGUGAUUAUGAAGAAGAUGAUUAUGACCUGAAUCAAGAAACUCCAGCACUUCAUAAAAUUAAUGGAACUUUAUUCCAUCCAAAAGACAUAUAUGAUAUAGAUCAAAAAGGAAACUUUAAGUGCCCUGCUCUUGGUUGUGUCAGGAUAUUUAAGAGAAUUGGAUUUCUCAAUAAACAUGCAAUGACUGCACAUCCAACUGACUUAAAUGUGCGGCAAACAGUAAUGAAGUGGAGCAAAGGAAAAUGCAAAUUUUGUCAAAGGCAGUUUGAAGAUUCUCAGCAUUUUAUAGAUCACCUUAAUAGACACAGCUAUCCAAAUGUGUAUUUUUGUUUGCAUUUUAAUUGCAAUGAGUCAUUUAAGCUGCCAUUCCAGCUUGCUCAGCACACAAAAAGUCACAGGAUAUUUCAGGCCCAGUGUAGUUUUCCAGAAUGCCAUGAGCUUUUUGAAGAUCUUCCUCUGCUAUAUGAACAUGAAGCUCAGCACUAUUUAAGUAAAACCCCAGAAUCAUCUGCACAACCAAGAGAAGCAACUGCUUGGGAUGUUCGUACAGACCCAAAUAAUAGUUAUCAGGAAAAAGACUCAUCUAGUAAUGAGAAACAAGCUAUUAGCCUGCCAGUUUUUACUAGCAAAUCAAGGAAAGAUUCUACAGAACCAAAGACAUGUAUAGAAAGUAUGGAAAAGAAAACAGACAGUUUAAUUCAGAAUGGAAAUGAACAUUCUGAUAACACUGUUUCUAAUAUCAGCUUGAUAGACCAAAAGAUGCCUGACCUAGAGCCAAAUUCUGAAAAUAAUUGUAGUUUUGAUUUAGUCAAUGGACACAGUGGAAUAGAACAGACACCUUUAGUUUCAGCCGGUUCUACUUUGAAAAUUGAUACAAAUAGAAGUAGAACAGAAAAUGGUUCCAUUUUACCCAAUGUUGUACCACAAGAACACAGUACCCUGUCCGUAUCUCAGGCACCAUCCAAACCAAAUCUGACGAGUGAACAAACUUCAUAUGGCUUAAUUUUAUCAAAGCCAUAUGUCAGACCAUUGCCUCCCAGUUACCUUGAUGAACGGUACCUUAGUAUGCCAAAACGCAGAAAAUUUCUGACUGAUAGAAUAGAUGCCUGUUCUGAUCAAGAUAACAUUUGUAAAAAAUCAGUGAAAAGAUUAAGAUGUGGCAAAUGCCUGACCACCUACUGUAAUGCAGAAGCACUUGAGGCUCACCGUGCACAAAAGAAAUGUCAGGCACUUUUUGGAUUUGAUUCAGAUGAUGAAAGUAAGUCUUCUAUCUUCUCAGUAGAUAGAUCUGUAGAAACAGAAAAUGCCAUAGGUCUUUAAAGUUAAAUUAACAUUGUAUAGCAUCCUACAUAAUAAAAGCUAAUAAUAUGCAAAUCUACUGAAUGGUGGAAUUUGGGGUGUGGGGCCAGCAAACAGGUGGCCCCUGGCCAGCCAAGGCUUGUGCUAAUGGGCAGAGGGAGGGAAAGGCGAUGGGGAGUAGAGGGCAACCAGUAGCGGUGGAGGAGUGAUGUGGGGGGCUGGCACCAUCCCAAUGGCACGUCUGGCCUCCUCUCACGGAGGGAGCGUGGCAGCUAUGACAGGGUGAUGGGGGUGGCGCUGUCCCCUAAUCGGCCUGGCAGCAGCAGCAUAAUGGCAGGGUGAUGGGGGCAGUGCCGUCCUGAUCACCCAUCCGGUCACCUCCUGCAGAGGGAGGCCUGGUGGCAGUGGCAGGGGGUACGGGGGUGGUGCUGUCCCGACUGGUUGUCCCAAUCACCUCCUACAGAGGACAUCCCCUGAGGACACCCGGACUGUGAGAGGGUGCAGGCUGGGCUAAGGACUCCCCUCCCCCUCAGUGCAUGAAUUUUCAUGCACUGGGCCUCUAGCAGAUAAUAAAGCACUAACUAGACAUUAUUCCCUUUAGUCCAUACAACCAUUAUAAGGUGUUAUCACUAUUCCUGUUUUAUAGAUCAAACUCAAAUUCACAAAGUUAAGUAAUUUGUAUAGGCGCAGGCUUAUGAACUUGUGGGAGCCAGAACUUGUACACAGGUUUUCCAUACUCUUUGAUCAUUUUCUCUGUAUCUGAGCAUUUCUUCAUUCUAGGUUUCAUUUACUUAAGGUCCUAGAAACAAAGUAAUAUGAUGGAAAUGUUUUGCACCUGCAUGCUAGAAUAUAAACCAAGUGAAACUGAGCUUCUUUAAAAAAACAAUUUUAAAGAAAAUAAAUGAAAAACAAAAAUGAGUAGAACUUGCCUUUUUACUGCUAUCAAUAUUCUUUGAAUGUGUAAGGGUGUAAACAAACAGGAAUCUGACUUAGAUUUCCAGUUGAACAUUUAUAAAACUUGAAUUAAUAGAUACGUUUUGUUUUACAGGUGCCUGAUAAAAAUGUUUCAGGAAGAUGUCGAUCAAGCAGUAGUGUGAA